GUUUACAGCGUCCUUAGCCCCGCAAACACCGCCCCCCUCGCCCCGUAUCAUGGACAUGGAUUGUUCGCUCCUGGGGCACACGGUGCACGAUGGCACUGCGAGGGAAUAAACCGCACGCAAGGCCUCACGAAACUCAUCAACGUCACUUGUCCUCGUGUCUUUGGUGGGUUCCACCGAGAGACCCCAUGUGGUUUGGGUCCGUCGUGCCUCUGCCGCGCCACCCUAUCAAAGGCCCGGGCCUCUCUCACGAUGGAGAUGAUGAUCCAGGACUUGCAGCCGCUAGAGCCCGACUUCCAGGCCAAGGGCCGAUGGUCCGAAACCCGUCCUAAGCCUCGAACAGCCAGUGGACCCGACCGUCUCUCGAUUUGUGCAGCAGCCCAGAAAACCACGACACGCAGCUCUACUAGUUUGUGGUGGGCUGGCCAGAGUCCCGUCAAAGGCCGCCACCGAUAUUGCUCUAAAGCUUGACCACACAUCUCCAGGCCCAAUCGCAGAGGCAGAAAGCUUACCAGCUGCAUGUGAACCCCAGUCGUCGGCCUCGCGCGGCCCCUACUUGUACACCGUAUUCCGGGCCAAACCUUGACGGGGCCGGACGUGGAAUCUGCCGUCUCCUGCGCUUGUUUACGGGCCAUCGCGCGGUGAAGACUUUGCGGGGAUCUCAGCGGCUUUUUGUCCCUGAUGUGCUGCCUCAUUAUAAAACGGACUGUUCUGAUCGUUUUGCCUCGCCCGUUUGUUCGGAUUCUUCUUCCCGUCCAAUGUCCCGCCAUUCUAUCUUGGAGCUCCCAACCCUCCACAUCCUCUCUUCAACACCACCAGCCACCACCACCACUACCAACAACCACCACGUACCGCCCCUGACUAACGGCAGGGGCCGCAUAACACAAAUUGCCGGUGCAUAAUGAAGGGUCCGAAUCACCUCAACGUCUACGCGGGCCCCCAGUCCGUCAGGGACUACUUCGACCCGGAAUGCCAUCCGCCGAUGCCGCUGGUGGAGAUUCCGGAAUGCCUCAACCCGUACAGGGCUGAUGGCGUCCGCAUCUACGCCAAAAUGAUGUCGAUGCACCCUGCCACCAAUGUCAAGGUCAUCCCAGCUAUGAACCUGCUCGAUAAGAGCGUCGAGCCUGGCAAGACCAAGACCAUCGUGGAGAGCAGCUCAGGCUCUACUGCCAUCUCCAUGGCGAUGGUCGCACGAGCCUGUCAUGGGAUUGACGACGUGCAUGCAUAUCUAAGCAACAAGACCAGUCAGACUAAGCUUCGCCUUAUGCAAUUUUUCGGCCUCAACGUUACUCUUAUCGGAGGUCCAGCACAGCCGACCCCCGUAGAUGAGAGAGGUGGCAUCUGUGCGGCAUCGCGGAAGUCCAGAGAGAAUGAGGCCGUGUGCAGCCCGAAUCAGUACAUUAACGACGACAACUGGAAGGCACAUGUUCGCUGGACCGGUCCGCAGAUCCACAAGCAACUGCCGCACAUCAACGUCAUUGCCGCCUCCAUGGGCACAUCGGGCACCAUGACUGGCUUAGGAAUGUACUUUAAAGAAGCCAAGCCUUCGGUCUACAGAAUUGCGGUAUGCACAAAUGCCGGGGACCGAGUUCCUGGGCCCCGCGAAUUUUCUCUGAUGAGCGAGGUCAAGUUCCCGUACAAGUCUGCUGUGGAUGCUCUUGAAGAGGUUGGCGCAACCGAUUCCUACUCUUUGUCGCUGGACCUCACCCGCCAGGGAAUUGUCUGCGGUCCAUCUUCGGGUUUUACCCUCCAGGGCCUUCUCCAACGUUUGGCAAAGAAGAAGCAAGACGGUACUCUGUCGCAACUGGCUGGGCCCAGCGGGGAGAUCAACUGCGUUUUCAUGUGUUGUGAUCUCCCUUACCAGUAUCUGAACGAAUACUUCGAAAAGCUCGGCCCUGAGAAGUUCAGCCCGCUCCGGAAUGAGAGACUCAAAAAUGUUGACCUCUAUCGCUACGAUGAUGCAUGGGAACGCGAUGCCAUGGAUGCGCUGUCAAGCUUUUUCUCGCUCAACCCUGCGACACGAGGUUCAUCCUUGUCAUUUGUGGAUGGGGUGCACGAGCUCGAGAAGGCACUGGUUGCUCAGCCAAACACGCAAAUCCUCGACUUCCGUUGUGCUUCCGAUUACGAGGCAUUUCACCUCCCGAACUCUGUCAACAUCCCCCUCGAAACCCUGAGAAAUGGAGCCGCUUGUGGCAGCCCGUUCGCCAACCCCGCUGAUGACUGCUCCAUGCUUGAGGAGCUAUGGCUGGAGCUCGAGGGACUGUUCACGGUCAAGGACAAGAACGACAAGCGCAAUCCUAGCGCAGAGGCUUUGAUGGCAAUUCUUCGUGGCAAGAGGGUCUUGACCAUGUGUUACGAUGGAGAUAGUGCGCGAGUCGCAAACAGCGUCCUUCGUGCCAAAGGCGUAAACUCGGACAGUAUUCGCGGAGGAUACAGGGCAUUGGCAAGCGUGCAACUACCCGACGUUGCCUCUGCGCAGCAAUCGACCCAUGUUGUGUCUGUGGAGGCAUAAUAACAGCGUCCCAGCCCGCAUAGGGAAGACCGACAGGGCAGCCGCAGACGUUUGCACAUUCCAUCGCAUUUUGCUUCAAUUUAGGGGAUUUUAGUCCAGAAGUGCAGUGGGCAUCUGGGACAACUUUGGGUUUUUGUUUUUUGGGAAUCCGAUCAUGAUGACACGCGAGGAGUGCAUCUAGGAUCUGGUCGAGCAGUUGGCGUCCAGGAUCCGAUGCGGUUGAUGAAACAGCCAUGACGAAGAGCAGCUAUAGGGCCUAUUACCAAGUGCUGGUAUCAAGAACUUGCCACUUCACGUGGCACAAAAGUCUAGGGGCAUUGGGGUCUGGGUGUGCAGUGGGCGCCCGAGAUCCCUCGGUGUCAACCACCACAAAGGGGGUGAAUGAAGCGGUCCGGAUGAGCAGUGGGUGUUCGGGAUCGCCGACGAUUUCAACCAUCGUCAUUGUCAACCCAAUCAAUCUGAGACGUUCAAAUGCAGGACGUGCAGUGGGCUUUCUGGGAUUCGAUGCUCAGCCUUGACGGCUGAUGAGAGCAGCUUGUGUUGGUUCUGUUCGUUGUGGUUUUGCCACAUAUCGGGAAGUGGCUCGAGCCCUCCGACUUUCGAGCUCAGGCCAUGCUUGUCUAGCGAAUGGCGGGCAAGCUUAUCUGCCAAUCCAGACAUCAUGAACAAAGGUUAUUACGUGCCUCAGCCGAAAGGCUGGUGAUGGCAACUAGCGGCCGGUCCUCGACUGUGAAGCAUUUGAUGCUGACGAGCCUGACCUGAUGGAACGAUCAGAAGGUCGAUCGUACGCCAUGAAAGACGAAUGCCAUUGUCUCAGGGUCAUCCUGGACCAACGAGGUCUCUCACGGCGGGGGACUGGAUGUUUUCCUGGAAAUUUUGUAGCCGGCCACGGCUGGUUACCGAAGCAUC